AUGGGUGCCCUUAAAGCAGAAAUUAUAUCAUGUAGAAGAUAUCAGGUUUUAGGACCAAAUACUUUAUGGUAUAUAGAUGAAAAACAUAAACUUAUAUACUGGAAAUUUGUUAUACAUGGAGCUAUUGAUGAAAAUUAUGAAGUUUCUAGUAGAGCUCGUGAAGAAUAUUAUAAUAUGGAUCCUGAAAAUAAAAUUGAUUUAUUUUGUUUACAUUUUGUAUUUCAAUCACAAAUUGAAGUAACAUUAAAAGAAUUUACAUGUUCUUGGAAUAAUCAUAAAUUACAAACUAAAAAUAAUUUUACACCUCAACAAUUAUUUAUUAGAGGGGCAAUACAAAAUAGAAUUGUUUUAGAUAGUAUUGAUAAUAUUGUUAAUUUAAAUAAUUAUGGUAUAGAUUGGAAAGGACCUUUAUCAGAACCAGAAUUUGAGCAAGUAAAUAUAAAUGAAAUUUCAAAUAUUUUAAAUUCUUAA